AUGACCGAUAGCAGCACACCGAAAGUCGAAGUGCCGUUGCGAUUCAAGGACGGAACGAUAACGAUCCGAGAGAUGUCGCUGCUCCAGUCGAGCACUCUUCUCGUGCGGGCGAUCGAAGGAUGGCAUUGUGAUUGGGAGGAGAACGGAGUCGUCCUCAACGAGCCGAUCGAUAUCCCGUUCGUGAAGGCCGCCGGGGAGUUCCUCUUCGAAAACGUUCACUGCUACGUGAACCCGCAAAAGUUGGAAAAAGAGCCGACACUGAGCGAUUACCCCGGAGCCCCGGAACUUCGUCUGGAGCUGGCCAAGCAAGUCAUCGAGGUAUGCCAUAGUUUUCAUGUGAAAAUGCUCAUCCUAUCCUUUUUCAGCUUGCCAACUACCUCGAGUACAGCGACUUUGUCGAGUGCAUGGGAUUCGUGAUCGCGCAGAAGAUCGAGAGGAUGCCAGUCAGGGAUAUCGCCAACUACAUGGGACUGCAGUACGUGGAGGACGACGGAUACGAUGAGGACUUCGAGUGGAUGCACCCGCAACUCAGACAGAAUGACCUCUGAUCUCCAAUUUGUCUUUCAAAGUUUUCGUUUAUCUGUAUGCAAGUGGUUUUUUUUUGAAUAAUAAACAGUCCAAGUUGAUCUGCGUGACCUUCAGUCUUUGUGUGAUAGUAGACUACUAUUAGUAGUACAGUUCGUGAAUUGCCAACGCUCCGGCGUUUUGCUCUUUGAAAAAAUGUUGAUCCUUCUCCUGAUGGUCUUCCGAACUUCUUCCUCAUUGACCACGUUCACUUUUUCCACGUCAUCAUCAUCCUUCUCCACAACUACUGAAACUCUGUCGAUAUAAUCGACUUCUCCUCCAACUGAAACCAGUCCGACACCCCGCCAGUUUCCAACUCGACAGAAAGAUCAAUGAUCUAUCAGAUGAUAUUCGACGCGUCGACUCGUUUCCGACCCGGUAACGAACGACACAUUUGAGAGAAACAGACAUUUGCAGACAGUUACCGGAAGGCGACGCUGGUAUUCGAGCAGGAUUAGGAGCUGUGCGACGAGAUAUUCCGAUGGCCAAGUCGGCAAUUUCUUGAACUCUGUCGGAUUGUUUGUGUUGCAGAGUGCUGUUUGUGGCGGGACAAGAAGAAGGCGCCUGA